AACACAAAAAAAAAAAAAAAAAAACAUGAUCCUAGCUAGCUCAAAGUGGCUGGCUGUUCUUGUAAUAAUAGAUAAAAAUUGAAUCUUUCGACUAAAAACAAAAGUUGUAUCUUCUUCUUCUUCUUAUGUAGGAGGAGACAACAAAAAUCCUCCGUUGACGGUCCAACACACUCUAUUCGAAAAUGUCACCGAAUCGUAAUCUUCUCCUUCUCUUAUUGAUGUUCUUGUCUUUAUCUAUCACUUCGUCUCUGUCAUCUCCGUCACCGGCUGAUUCUCCUCCUUAUCUAUGGCCGUUGCCGGCGGAGUUUUCGUUCGGAAACGAGACCCUCUCGGUGGAUCCCGCCGUGGCUCUAAUCGCAGCUGGGGAUGGCGGUGGAUCUCCGAUUGUUAGAGCUGCGUUUGAGAGGUAUAUGGGGAUGAUCUUUAAGCACGCCUCUGGUAGAGCUUCUCUGUUGGCGAGGAUUAGGUUUCUGAGAAUGGUUGAGUAUGAUAUCACUUCUUUGAAGAUCGUUGUUCACUCUGGUUCUGCGGAGCUUCAAUUGGGUGUGGAUGAGAGUUACACAUUGAUGGUUUCGAAGAAGGAUGAGCAAUCCAUUGUUGGAGCAGUCACGAUUGAGGCUAAUACAAUCUAUGGUGCUCUUAGAGGAUUGGAGACAUUUAGCCAACUGUGUGCCUUUGAUUAUUUAACCAAAUCUGUGCAAAUAUAUAAAGCACCCUGGUAUAUUCAAGACAAGCCUAGAUUCCAAUACCGUGGCCUGCUAAUAGAUACGUCAAGACAUUAUUUGCCAAUUGAUGUUAUUAAGCAAAUAAUUGAAUCAAUGUCCUUCGCUAAACUUAAUGUCCUGCAUUGGCACAUUGUAGACGAGCAAUCAUUUCCUCUUGAAACUCCUACAUAUCCUAAUUUGUGGAAAGGAGCUUAUUCAAGAUGGGAACGUUAUACUGUUGAGGAUGCUUCUGAAAUUGUCAGAUUUGCCAAAAUGAGAGGUAUUAAUGUCAUGCCUGAAGUAGAUGUCCCUGGCCAUGCGGAAUCGUGGGGGACUGGAUACCCUGAUCUUUGGCCCUCUCUGUCUUGCCGAGAGCCCCUUGACGUUACUAAAAAUUUUACAUUCGAUGUGAUUUCUGGCAUUUUGGCAGAUAUGAGAAAGAUAUUCCCAUUUGAGCUAUUCCACUUAGGUGGUGAUGAAGUUAAUACGGAUUGCUGGAAAAACACAACUCAUGUUAAAGAAUGGCUUCAGGGUCGCAACUUCACGACUAAGGAUGCAUAUAAAUACUUUGUACUCCGAGCGCAACAGAUAGCUAUUUCGAAAAAUUGGACACCUGUCAACUGGGAAGAAACAUUCAGUUCCUUUGGAAAAUAUCUUGAUCCCCGGACUGUGGUGCACAAUUGGCUAGUGUCUGAUAUAUGUCAAAAAGCGGUAGCAAAAGGAUUCAGAUGCAUUUUCAGUAACCAAGGAUAUUGGUACCUUGACCAUCUAGAUGUUCCGUGGGACGAGGUUUAUAACACCGAGCCUCUACAUGGGAUCAAUGAGACUUCUCAGCAAAAGCUUGUAAUUGGAGGAGAAGUUUGCAUGUGGGGUGAAACAGCUGAUACAUCCGUUGUCCUUCAGACUAUUUGGCCACGUGCUGCAGCAGCUGCAGAACGGAUGUGGAGCACCAGAGAGGCAGUGUCAAAGGGGAACAUAACGUUAACCGCAUUGCCACGUCUACACUACUUCAGAUGUCUACUGAAUAACCGCGGGGUUCCAGCGGCUCCAGUUGAUAACUUUUACGCGCGAAGACCGCCAUCGGGACCUGGCUCUUGCUAUGCUCAGUGAUCCAAAACAUUUCUUCUCAUUGUAUAUGUAAUGUCUCUCUUGUCUGAAAUAUGGUUGUUGCAUUUGUUAUUCUUAACUGAGUGCUUCUCUUAAUUUCUCAAAUCAAAGUUGGCUUUCCUUUUUUUUUC